AUGUCUACUAUGUCUCAGCAGAAGGCCUGGAUGGUCAAGUCCAAGGGUGGCGACCAUGAGAUCAUCAUGCGAGACAUCCCCAAGCCCCACCACGGUGAGAUGCUCAUCAAGGUUUGCUCGGCGGCUCUCAACCCUAUCGACUGGCGGGCGCAGGACUACGGAUUCAUGGUCGAAGAAUUCCCUGCCGUCCUUGGCAUGGACGCUGCGGGUGAAGUCAUGGAGGUCGGCGACGGCGUCCGAGACUUCAAAAAGGGUGACAGGGUCCUCACUCACGGUCGUUACGACAAGGAAAACGAUCAUGCGUGUUUCCAGCAGUACAUGCUCUGCAAAGCUGACUUCACUGCUACGAUCCCCAGCAAGUUUGCGCACGAAAAGCACGCGUUUGACUCCGCCGCGACAAUCCCGCUUGGUUUCAACACCGCCUCCGUGGGUCUCUUCGGACGAGACCUUGGCGCGGGCUUGACCCCGCCCUGGAAGGACAGGAGCAAGUACCGCAACCGUCCCAUGAUGAUCAUGGGCGGUGCUACUUCUGUCGGAUGUUACACUAUCCAACUUGCUCGCUAUGCUGGUUUCUCGCCCAUCAUGUGCACUGCGUCCAUGGAGAACGAGAAGUAUCUCAAGGACCUUGGUGCUCACCACGUCUUCGACAGGGACAUGUCUGCCGAGGAUUUGAAGAUGGCGGUCCGAAAGCAUACCAAGGAUCCUAUCAGGGUCGUAUUCGACACCGUCUCUCGUCGCGAGACGCAGGAGGCUGGCUGGAACCUUCUCGCCGACGAUGGUCUGCUCAUCGUCACCCUCGAACCAAAGGUUGAACCCGGCAGCGGCGACCGCCGCGAGGUCGUUUCGACGCGCGGAAGCCCCCACAUCGGCCAGAACAAGGACUUUAGCAAGGAAACUUGGUCUCAACUCAGCGAUUGGUUGAAGAAUGAGAGGAUAAUGCCGAACCGCUUCGAAGUCCAGCACGGCGGACUUAACGGUAUCGAAGAUGGCCUCGACAUGCUGAGGGAUGAGCGGGUCAGUGCCAAAAAGCUGGUGGUUCACCCUCAGGAAACUUCCUAA